CUCAGCAGCACUUCAAGCCUUCAGUCUGUAUCAAACUAUGAUGUGCAAAAUAAGCUCACGAGCCACUGCUGCCAAGGGAAGCACAUCUUCAACAUAGAUAUCCGUAUGACCUGGAAAAAUUCACCUAGACCAGGAAAAUGCUUCCAGAGAACACCACGGAGGACCUUAUCCUGCAGCAGCAGAAUGUUGCAGUUGGCAGCCACCAACCAGUCCUUAGGCAAACAGGAUGUGGAAUUUUUAUUGUCCUUUCUUCGGUCAUAGCUGCUAUAAGUGGACUACUUGUGGGCUAUGAGUUGGGUAUUAUCUCUGGGGCCCUUCUUCAGCUACAUAACCAACUGCACCUUAACUGUCAGCAGCAAGAACUAGUAGUGAGUGCACUGUUGAUUGGAGCACUUUUGGCCUCACUGGUUGGAGGAUUCCUUAUAGACUACUAUGGAAGGAGAAUCGCAAUUAUGGUUACAUCUUGUAUACUUGGACUUGCCAAUUUGCUGUUGAUCACCAUUGUAUCCUAUGAGAGCCUCAUUGCAGGACGCAUCAUCAUUGGCAUUUCCAUAUCCUUAUCUGCAAUUGCUACCUGUGUUUAUAUUGCGGAAAUUGCACCUCAUCAUAGAAGAGGCAUGCUGGUGUCUCUAAAUGAACUGAUGAUUGUAGUUGGUUUUCUUCUGGCCUACAUUUCUAAUUAUCUCUUUGCAACUAUUAGCAAUGGUUGGCAAUACAUGUUUGGACUCAUAAUUCCUUUGGCUGCAUUACAGGCAUUUGCUAUGUAUUUUCUCCCUCCAAGUCCUCGUUUUUUAAUCAUGAAGGGCCGAGAUGAGGCUGCUGGCACAGUGCUUCAGAAACUAAGAGGAACCUCACAGACCAAGGAAGAGCUUACAGCUAUCAGAUCCUCGAUAAAAGCAGAAUACCAAUACAGUUUUUGGGACUUAUUUUGCUCAAGGAACAACAUGAGAGCCCGUCUGUUAAUAGGCAUAGCUCUUAGCUUCUUUGUCCAAAUUACAGGGCAACCAAACAUCUUAUUCUAUGCUUCUACUGUACUCAAAUCAGUUGGCUAUCAGAGCAAUGAAGCUGCUAGCCUGGCCUCAACAGGAAUUGGUGUUGUCAAAGUGGUCAGUACAAUUCCAGCAAUAUUGUUUGUAGACAGAAUUGGUAGUAAGACUUUCCUUUGUAUUGGGACUGCUGUCAUGGCAGCAUCAUUGGUUACAAUGGGAAUAAUAAGCCUUAAGAUUGAUAUUAAUUAUAAUAAUAUUUGUAAAACCAGCCCCAAUCUAAACCAGUCCUUUGAGGACUCCUACCUGUACAAAACAGACAUAAUUGGCAAAAACAAUGAGUCUCUACAGAAAGAAUUCGGUGAAUUGUCAUCAACCAGAACAUUCUUACCUCAUUCUUCAGGAAAUGAGACCAAAAUGGACCAAUGGACUAUUCAGACAGGACUCACACCCUCUGAAGAAGCUGUUACAGCACAAGCACAAGGUGUUCCAGUAAUCAUGAAGUGGUUGUAUUUAGGCAGCCUACUAAUUUAUGUCGCUGCAUUUUCGAUAGGUUUAGGACCAAUGGCAUGGCUGGUGCAGAGUGAGAUCUUUCCUGCGGGUAUUAAAGGUCGGGCCUUUGCAAUAACUAGUAGCAUGAACUGGGGCAUGAAUCUCCUCAUAUCCUUGACCUUCCUUUCACUCACUGAGAUUAUUGGCUUGCCAUGGAUGAUCUUCAGUUAUGCUGCAAUGAGCGUAAUAACUUUUGUAUUUGUCAUAAUGUUUGUUCCUAAUACAAAGGGACGGUCACUAGAGGAAAUAUCUACGGAACUGGCAAAAAAGACAUUCAUGUGCCAUUCACUUUGCUCCUGGGGUAGGAGUAGACAGGACCUGUUGCCAGUGGAGCUCGAUAUGAACAUAAAAUAGAUGUCAUGUUGGACUAAUGCAAUCUGUAAUUUGUAACUAGUUAAACAUGUUUAAGGUGCACUUUAAAUAAAUAAAAAUUACCUUUUGUUUUAAACUAUACUGCUAA